AUGGUUAUACCCCAACAAGAAAGUCUUCGCGGAGACGAAGGAAUGUUGUAUCGAUCACGUCUGCACCGAGGCCGAAUUAUUGACCUCACACAACCUGAUGCGAAGAUUCCUUGGCAAGGAUGUAAAUACACCGAAUGCGUCUCUGCGAAUGCUCCUAUCAAGAUUGGAGCCGUCGAAAGUGGUAUAGCAGAUGGCGUUUCGCUCAAUGUCGGCGAUGUUUUGUUGGAUCCUAGCGAAAACAAAGCCAGGCUUGCCGACAGUUCCGUGGAAUCGUACAUAUGGCCCGUGAAGAAUCGCGACACACAGGGCAAUGAGAAAACGCUCUACAUGAAGAGGAUCGUCGCCGUGAAACCACAGUUCGCUGCUUCUGUCGGUGCCUUGGAUGCGAUACCAAACACUGUUGAUGAUGUGGGAUUCGUGGUCAUAGACACGCCAAAGCCUGAUCCAGCUACACGCUUCGACACGCUGGCUAAUGAUCCCCUGCUUCAAGGAGUGUCUCAAGGUCUUCAAGCCGUGCUCGAUCCUGGCACUCUAGUCCCAGCAUCAAAUGGCGAAGAUGCCGCCGACGCAUACGUCGUCUACAGCCAAGCGCAAAACUUUGACAACUGCAGGAAUUGGCUCGGAGCCGAUGACGCCGAACCUCUCACCUUCAAAUACAAAGCACAAGACCUGGCAACGCUCCAAGAUGUCCCACGCUCCACGCCAGCAGCGCACGCCUUCAAUUUCAAAGACCUCCCUUGUCCACCGCCCGACGCGCCGUCACGGCCAAAUCCUACUUUACCGUAUUCGCCGAUUUUGGCAAAUGGGUUCAAUGUUUCUUUUCAGAAGGUUGAGAUUACGAAGAGUAAUGGACACGAGACGUCGAGGUUUGUGAAUUGCCAUGUUGCCGCUAUUAGGGAUCCGCCCGUCUUCGCUAUUCCUGUUGAUGGCAUGACGGGGGACACUGAUGGGGAUGGGACCGUUACGGUUGUACCAAGUCUUCGUCCAAUCAGCGGAGAAUUCUUUGCGGAUAUCGGCGCCUGGUUCGAGAGUGAUGCGGUUCGCAUUGGAGAUGCAGCGGUCGAGUCUGGUAAGUGGAAAGGGGUCCCUCUCAUUGCAAAUGAGGAUACUCCGGCCUUGGAUGGAAGUUGGGGUUUGGGAGCCCAAUGA